GUAAAUGUGGACUUCCCCAAACUUGGAGUUUGAUCAGUCACUGGGGCAAUGAGACUGUGGCGCUUGACAAUAGCAGAGUAGCAGUGUUUUUCUAUGUUAGGAAUAUUUAUUUUAAGGCGUUUGUUAAGUAUGAACUGCAGAAGUGGAGAGAUGGGCUGGCGGUGGGCAGUUUUCACACUGUUUUUGAACUUACAGUUCACGUACGGGUCUCCCUCCUCAUAUGACUUGUUCCACGGGUCUGCAUACACUGGAGUGGUACAGAGACACAGAAACAGGAACUGGUGUGCCUAUGUGGUGCGCAGGAACGUGAGCUGCGCCGUGCAGGGGAGUGUGGAGAGCUUCCAGGAGCCCGUAGUGGCCCCCUGCCCAGCCUACCAGCCCGACUGCCAGCCACAAGUGACAUACCAAAAUCGGUUUCGACCCACGUACAAGAUUGCCUUUAAGACAGUCACAGAGUUGGAGUGGAGAUGCUGUCCUGGUUACCAAGGUCUGGACUGUAAAGAUUUAAAACCACCCCCAGACCGACAAACAGUUCAGGGAACACAGCCUUACCUCCCACCAAAUCCUGGAUAUACACCCAGACACACACAGAGGCCAGAGCGGAGAGAGACAGGACACCAUGAGACGAGGCAUGGCGGGACAGAUAAGGUGCACCUUCUCGAAGGUGAAGUUCAGCGCUUGUCUCAGACAGUCCAGGAUCUCCAGUCCGCUUUGACAGGGUUAACCAGCAACCUCCGCACAGACCUGCAGGAAGACACAAAGAAGAUUCUGGUGACACUUCUCAACAACAUGCGUCCGCCGGACAGUGCUACAACUGCAGGCACAGAAGAGAGCCCGGCAGUGCUUGAUGGUCAUCAGGCUACUAGAGGUGGGAUCGCUGGAGAUAAGGCGUUAGAAAAAAUAGUGACCCGGUUGGAUGAUAUCAACAAUGAGCUGAAAAGCAAGGAUGAAGCGUUGGAAGACCUAAGAGGAACCAUGUCAAGUCAUGAGGGGCAGAUCCGCGUCCUGAUGGAUGCCUCUCAGUCUCAGACUCCAGCCAUAGCGGAGUUUGAUGUCAUACAGACCUUCAUUGAUGGAAAAUUUGAGAAGCUGAAGAAGGAGCUGGACCAGAGUGUAGAGGAACAGAUGGCCAAGCUACAAAGCUCAUGCAAUGACAAGCUCAAGAUCUGUGAAGACAGCCGUGAUCAAGGUUUGGCCAGCCUCAGCAAGCUGGUGGAUGCCAAGGAGGCUGAUCUGAGGAAGGAGAUCCGUGCGUUACGUCUGGACAUGGCUGCCGCAGAUGGACCUGUAAGAACUCAAAGGCAGAUAGAUCCAUCCAAAGUGUCAGAGGAUCGUAGUGACCACAAAGACCUGUGGCGUGAGAUUGACCGUAUUGCAGAGGCUCACCGCAUCCUCAAUGUGCGCAUUGACAAUGAGCUGGCGCACCUGUCUGGUCCACGGGAAGACAUUGAUUUUAACCUUAUGAUGGAGGAGCUGGAGGCACGCAUUAAUAUCACAGAGCAAAAUGCAGAGACUCACUGUUUCUACAUCGAAGAAAAGCUCACCCAUACAGUAACCAAAGAAGUGGCAGCACUCCAGCAGCUUCUUCAGGAGGGCCUGAACAACAUGGAGGACCAGUUUACGAACACGCUGUUAGAAAUGACCAACAGCUCCUUCCCCAGAAUGUUUAGUUACUCCAUGGAUGCCAUGCAGGCAGAGGUCAACAACAAUAAGUUUCUUCUACAAGGUUUGGAUGAUAAACUCAAUGCUGUUGGCGAGAUGUGCUCUGCAGGAUGUUCAGGCCCGGGAAUUAAUGAAGGUGCAAUAAGUUCACCGUCCACAAGUUCAUCGUCCACGCCUAAAGGUCUAGAGAUCUUUUUGAAGGACCUGGGUCGGUAUAGGAACGACUUGGAUGUUCUUCACACAGAUGUCAGCUCCAACACAGACAAGCUUAGGGAACUGGAAGAUCUUGUCGAUAGACAGUCAGCUGAAAAUGAUAUACGCGUGAAGACUAUGGAGGACUUCCAGAGGGGGUUGAUCAACCUCCAAGACAAUGUACUUAGUCUAGCAGGUGCUGUUACCGGAUUAAGUGACUCGUUAAGCAAAUACAACCAGGAUAUGCAAAGAAUGAACUCGACAUGCUGCCAUGCUGAACAGAGUGGCACUGGGAGUCCAACACGGACCAACUGGGCAUCAAUACCCAGUAGUCAGGCAGAUUAUACCAGACGUGAGGUGGAGGAGCUGAGGAACAGGCUUGAUACGCUCAACAGGCAGGUGUCAUCUGAACUGAGCCAAUGUAAACACAACACACACGGCAUUUCUGCCGUGGAUGGACGCGUGACCAGACUUGAAACGGUGUGUGGAAGGUUAGAUGGGGUUUCUGCCAACAUCAAAGAACUGAAAGAGGGACUGGAGAGACAUGUUGGCGGUAUGCGGGACUGCGUGUCCAGGAUGAACGUCACCUGUGGAAAUCACAGCGCAGACAUCAUCGCGCUGCAGAAUUCCUUGCAGAGGGUCCAGGCACAGCUCUCUGCAUUGGCCAAACAUGUUUCAAAGGACAUCACUGCCAAAGAGCCAGGAAUGACCUUAAGACCAGAGAGGCCAGCUCCUUUGCCAGAUUCGACUCAGGGCAGAACGAGAAUCCAACAAAUCCACAUCCCUCUCAUCAUCCCACCGCCGCCAUCUAGCCCCAGGCAGCCGUACAAUCCCAGCCAACCACAGCAGCCCAGCGUGCACACGAUCAAGAUCAGUCCGCCAAGCCAGCCAUUCAGACCCCAGCAACCAGCCCACAACACUCUGCCCCUGGUUCCCGUAAGGCCAGUGGUGGAGACGGGGGAGGCCGGACCUCCAGGGUACAGCCGCAGGGUGACUGUGCGGAGGGGGUCCGAGGACUUGUCCAGCAUGCCUGUCAAAGGAUUUGCUGGAGCUCCAGGCUAUCCACCUCUGCAGCCCGCAUCAUUCAAGCCUCAAUCGACCAGCCGCCAAGUUCCUGUGGCAGCAAAGGUGCCCUGGAACCCGAUGUAUCACACUCCAGUUGAAACACCAGUCUCAGCCGACAGCGGAGCCUUUGCAGAUCCUUUCUCCUUCUCUGCCGGCCUCACACAGCAGCCCCUCUCUGGAGACUUUGGCUUCAUCCGCUUUAACAGAAUUCUAGUUAAUGACGGCGGACACUACAAUCCCCACACAGGGAUCUUCACUGUACCUAUAGAUGGCCGAUACCUGAUUUCCGGACUGCUGACUGCAAAGCAGGGCGACCGUGUGGAUGCUGUCCUGUCCGUGUCUAACCGCAGCGUCCAGAGGCUGCAGAGCUCAGCGGGGCCCGCGGCUGGUCACCACGGGGGCUUGGCUAAUGGUAACUGCGGCUGCGGAGGCUCGGUGUCCUUCAGUCAGAUCCUGCCCCUGAGGAAAGGAGACCGCGUGGGCCUGGUGAGGACCGCGGGCCAGCUGGCCACCACCGGGGCCAGGGAGAUCCUCUCCACCUACAGCGCCAUCUUCCUGUACGCACCACAGGACAUGAGAUAGCUGGAGCUCAGCUGGGAGGAAACAGCAAGGACUAGUUUGUUGACUGGGGGAGAUGCUGAAGCGACCAUAGUUUUCACUGAUUUGCUGUGAUGCGGUGCCACUGUGUGACGAUCCUCACUUAUAAGUUCAGUUAAGAAAAGUCAUUAAAUUGCAAUUUGUACGGCGUUUGCCAAAUAUACCUGAAUACAAGAAGCAGAAUUUGUUUCUAAUAUAUUUGAUUAUCAAGUUGCCUUUUUGUACCUAUUGUGAAUGUCUUGUGUAAAUAAGUGUUUAUAAAUUAACAUAAAAAUGCAUAAAAUGUAAUUAUUAUUUUAACAAAACCAUCUCAGAGACUCAGUAUACAGUAACAUGUCAGCAGAAUAUGAUAUUGUUGGUUGGGCAAUA